AUGGAUGCUAAGAACAAACAAGGAACAAACAACGAAAGGGUUUUAUAUCAUGGCACAAGUAGUGCCAGUGUUGGUAAAAUCAACACUGGUGGUUUUAACAGAAGCUUUGCUGGUAAAAAUGCAACUUAUUAUGGUGCUGGCAGCUAUUUUGCUCUGGAAUCCAGCUAUUCAGCAAGUAACACCUAUUCACCUGUAGAUCCUAAUACUGGUCAUAAGCAUGUCUACCACUGCAAGGUGUUAACUGGUGAAUUUACUACAGGUAGCCAAGGACUGCUUGUUCCACCAUCUAAGAAUCCAAAUGAUCCAACAGAUUGUUAUGAUAGUGUUACAGAUAAUGUCCAAAAUCCUGUACUCUUUGUUAUCUUUAACGAUGCUAUGGCUUAUCCUGAGUACCAUAUUACUUUCACAUAA